UCCUCUCCUAUAGUAGAGAAUGAGUGGAAUUGUUCCUCAGGCACACUAGCUGAUGCAAUACUAUAGCUGACGGCUACAUGGUUACAUAAAGAUGUAAUGAUGUAAAGAUUUAUUUAUUUUUAAACAGAUUCUGUUUCUAAUAUAUUAGACAUGACAUAUGGUAGAUUUGUAAUUAAUAAUUAACCAGUUCCCCUGGGCAAUGUCAAAUAGUUGACUUUUGAAUUAAGAGGUUAUUAGAUUAAAAGUAACAACUUUUCUAAGUAAGGGACCCCUUUCCCUCAGCCAUUAGACUUUUAAACAGGUGUUACUGCUGCUGCUAUUAUUAUCAUAAGUUGCAUUCAAUUUGCACGCUACCAUAAGUCAAUAUUGCAACAUAAGAAGUAAUGUCACUGCUGCUGCUAUUAUUACCUACAGCUGCAUUCAAUUUGAACGUUGCUGUACUAUAGUUUUUGCACAUUUGUCAAUAUUGCAACAAAAAAUACAUUGAACACUUGCGCAUACAUACAUAGUUUAUAUUUUCUAUAUUAACAUAGUCUAUAUUUCUAAUCCUGCGACUUAGUGUUGUGUGUGUGUGUGUGUGUGUGUGUUUUUUAUUCUUUACAUAGUUUUUGCACUUUUUUGGUAUUCAUUUUGGACAGCAAAGAAAGAAUUUCAUUGUACAGUGAAACUUGUUUUUCAUUACUGUGCAUAUGACAAUUAACACAUUGAUUCUUGAAUCUACUAACUAUGGGGUCCAUUGUACAUUAUUUUUGGUUUUGAUUAUCUAUGUUGAUUUUGAUUCUUUAAAUGUAUACAAAUGUUUUCAUUAAACUGGGGUAAACCUUUAUUUGUCUUUUUGCCUUAGACAUGAUGCUGCUGAAAGAGGAACGUGAAGUACUGAAUCAAACAGAAGAGAAAGUUCAAAAUAAGAAUCAUUUCAAAACUGGAGGGAACUCUUUUAGGUGCUCACAGACUGAAAAGACUGAAACAACUCAGAAGACACUGACUAGGGGUUAUUUCACCUGUUUUGAGUGCGGGAUGAAUUUCAUUCACCCUGAAAGCCUUAGAAUCCACAUGGGAAUCCACAGUGGAGAGAAUCCUUACACCUGCCAACACUGUGGUCAGGGUUUCAGUGAACAUGAAAGCCUUAGAGCCCACAUGGGAAUCCACAAUGAAGAGAAGGGUUUUACCUGCCAACAGUGUGGAAAGAGUUUCAGUGAACAUGAAAGCCUUCAAGUACACAUGAGAAUCCACAAUGAAGAGGAUCCUUACACCUGCCAACAGUGUGGAAAGAGUUAUGCUCAAACUGCAAGCCUGAAAGUACACAUGAGAAUUCAUACCGGAGAGAGAGAUUUUACCUGCCAAGAGUGUGGAAAGAGUUUCAUUCGAAAACAAACCCUUAAAAAUCACAUGAUAGUUCACACUGGACCGAAGCCUUUUGCAUGCCAACAAUGUGAAAAGAGUUUCUUAACAGAACUAAACCUUGAGUAUCACAUGAACAAACACACUGGAGAGAAACCGUUUGAAUGUGAUCAGUGUGGAAAGAGAUUUCUUCGUAAAAUAAGCCUUAAUAACCACUUGAAGAUUCACUCGGAAGAAAACUGCUUUGUGUGUCAACAAUGCGGAAAACGUUUUGCUGACAAAGCACAUCUUAAAAUUCACAUGAGACUUCACACUGGAGAAAAGCCUUACCCUUGCACUCAGUGUGGAAAGAGUUUCACAUAUAAAAAAGCUCUCGAGUCCCACAUGAUAAGUCACACUGGAAAGAGCCGUUUCACCUGCAAACUGUGCGGGAGGGUCUUCACAAACAAGGUUGGCUUAAUGUAUCACAUGAACCUUCACACUGGAGAGAAGCCAUUCUCCUGCGAUCACUGUGGAAAGAGUUUUAUUUGUAAAUCAAGCCUCAAUGACCACUUGAAGAUUCACUCAGGAGAGGACUGUUUGGGAUGUCAACAGUGCGGAAGAAGUUUCACUGAAAAACGCAGUCUUAAAAUCCACAUGAGACUUCACACUGGAGAGAAGCCUUACACUUGACUCAGUGUGGAAAGAGUUUCACUUAUAAAACAGCUCUUGACUCCCACAUGAGACUUCACACUGGAGAGAAGCCUUACUCGUGCACUCAGUGUGGAAAGAGUUUCACCUAUAAAACAGCUCUUGACUCCCACAUGAUAAGUCACACUGGAAAAAGCCCUUUCACCUGCAAACUGUGCGGGAAGGUCUUCGCAUGCAAAGUCAGCCUCAUGUAUCACAUAAAUGUUCACACCGGAGAGAAGCCGUUCGCCUGCGAUCAGUGUGGAAAGAGUUUCGCAGGUAAAGGUACCCUUGAGAGACACAUGAGGAUUCACUCGAAAGAGAAAAGGUUUUAUGUAACGAGUGUGAAAUGACUUUCCAUAAAAUUAUUGGCCCUAGGAGGCACAGGAGAAUUCACUCCUGAGUGGAACCUCUUAAAUGCGACCUGUGUAGAAGGAUUUGCCGAAUGGAGCUUUGUGUAUCGGAGAUGCCUGAAACACCAUUAGCAAACGCAUUUUGGAAAGAAACUGCAGUGCUCUGAGUGUGGCAAGAGCUUCAGAAAAGGAGCUAUUUCACCAAUCAUCUGUGCUUUCACUCUGGACAAAGGCCAUUUAAAUGGGAUUUUUUUUUUUUUUGCCAUUGCACAUAUGAUACAGAUACAUAUGAAAACUUGUGCUUAUGUGAAGCCGUAUUUGUGUUUAGUGUGUGGAAAGAGUUUCAAAUGGCCUAGCAAUCUGAAAUGGCACAAGAAAAUAUAAAUUUAGGCUACGUUCUCACCACAGGUGAAUGUGGCCCAGAUUUGAUUUUUCAGGUCCGAUGUAGAAAGUUUUUUGGCCAGGCUGUUGAAGUGACCUUUAAAUGUGGCCCAUAUCAGAUGGUCAAGUGAUUUGGUGAUGUUCAUUUGUUUUAAUUGCGUCCUUCAUGCCAUUAUAGUUUGUCUUGAGGCUUUUUAUUUUCUUUUGUCAUGUACAUAUGAACACUUAUGGCCAGGCUUGGCCAUCACCUUUGCUACAGUUUUAAACAUUAAACAACUCUAAUUGUA